UGGAGAAGAAGAAGACGAAGGAGGAGAAGGAGGAGGAGGACGGUGGACUCGCUAACGACGGCGAACGUCCUCGAGGGUGCAAGAUACCAGCACCAGCAACAUCACCGACGACGAUGAUCGUGACAAGCGGCGAACGACGUACAUGUUGGAGGAGGAGGCGGCGGUUCGCGGUUGCGGUACUGGCCUCGGCCCUACUGACCCUAGCGAUUGGUCCCAUGCCGACCGUGGGACACAGGCCAGCACCGAACAAUCCGAUCAUUCUACAGACGAGCACCAGCACGACAACUACGCCCUUCUACGUGCACUCGGUGAACGGUACCGUCCUACCGAAUGGCAACAAUAACAAUAACAAUGAAUUCGACGUACACGCGGACGACGGAUACAACAGUACCAUCCAUCAUCACCAUCACAAGAAGACCGGCGGUAACAUGACCGAGGAAAAGGCGCCUCUCUUUCCCGACGAUCUCUUUACCGUCCAUCAACGACGACACGGUGCCGUGUUACUUCACGUAGUCGGUGUGGUGUACAUGUUCGUCGCACUGGCGAUCGUCUGCGACGAGUUCUUCGUACCGUCUUUGGACGUGAUCAUCGAGAAGUUCGAGAUCGCCGACGACGUUGCAGGUGCUACCUUCAUGGCGGCCGGUGGUUCGGCCCCGGAACUCUUCACAUCGAUAAUCGGCGUGUUCGUGUCGUUCGACGACGUCGGUAUCGGCACCAUCGUCGGUUCGGCCGUCUUCAAUAUUCUCUUCGUGAUCGGCAUGUGCGCUAUAUUCUCGCGUACCGUGCUCUCCCUCACAUGGUGGCCUCUAUUUCGCGACUGUACCUUUUAUAGCGCCAGUCUGCUCACUCUGAUCUAUUUCUUCAGUGAUAAUUUUAUUCACUGGUACGAGGCUCUCGUACUCUUCGGAUUCUACUUGUUUUACGUGAGCUUCAUGAAGUGGAACAAACAGAUGGAGAAAUUCGUGAAGAGACUGCUCUCCAGAAACAAGGUGACCCGGGUCAGGUCUACCGAUCAGCUGAUGCCCUCGCACCAGAGCGCCGCCCAGGCAUUGCAGCAUCCGAACGCGACGAACAGUAGCGAGACGAGCGUGGGUGGCGUGUCGGGUGCAUGCGGAAGCAGCGGCAUACCGGCGGGUGGAGAGGCCGGGUGCAGCAGCAGAGGUGGCAGCAGCAGUGGUGCCGGUGGCACGGCCGGACAGGGCUGCGAGCAGGGAGCCCACGGUGGCUCCUCGUCUCAUUCCAGGGAGAGCCACGCCAAGUUCAGGCACGGCUUGCUACAGCUUAUGAUCCACACGAUCGAUCCGCUCCACGACGGUCAGUCCCGCGCCGGCAAAGUGGACGAGAAAGCGACGCAACUGCACGCGAUAGCGUCGCUAAAGGUGCUACUGGAUGCCACCAGGCCGCACAAUGGCGCUGCGACGUCGACCGCCGCCCAUUACUCGGGUGCCUCGUCGAGAGAGACCACUCUGCAGCUGCAGCAGGGCUCCCAGGGCACCACUACGACCACCACUACGACGACCACCACCGCCGGCACCACCGCCGGCAUCCAGGAACUUCCCAACGGCGGCAUAGCCGCUGGCCUCGACGCGGGCCUCGAUUCGGGAGAGGAGGAUGAACCUCCGGAAGCCUUGGACAUGGGCUGGCCCAGCAGUCCCAGGAAGAGGCUAACUUACAUUCUGGUUGCGCCCGUUCUCUUCCCUCUCUGGCUCACCUUGCCCGACACAAGGACACCUAGAGGGAAGAAGUUCUUCGCGGUGACGUUCAUCGGCUCGAUCUUCUGGAUCGCGGCGUACUCGUACCUGAUGGUCUGGUGGGCGAACGUGUUCGGCGACACGGUGCGUAUCCCGCCGGAAGUGAUGGGCCUGACGUUCCUCGCCGCCGGCACCAGCAUCCCGGACCUCAUCACCAGCGUGAUCGUCGCGCGAAAGGGAUUCGGCGACAUGGCCGUCUCGAGCUCCGUUGGCAGCAACAUCUUCGACGUGACCGUUGGGCUUCCGGUACCGUGGCUGCUCUACGGCUUGAUCUACGGCAGACCCGUGGAGGUGAACUCGGUGGGCAUGGUGUGCAGCAUAGCCAUCCUCUUCUGCAUGCUGCUGUUCGUCAUCUUGAGCAUCGCCUGCUUCAAGUGGCGGAUGAACAAGGGCCUCGGGUUCACCAUGUUCCUCCUCUACUUCGUCUUCGUCGCCGUCUCGCUGAUGUUCGAGUACGAGUUCCUGAUCUGUCCGUUCUAGGAACGCGGACCAGCCGUGCGAGAUAGAGGUCCAGCAAGGACGGUAGAUGGACGCGCAUUUACGGGUCUCGUCAUCGUCAUUAUCAUCGUCGUCGGCGAGUGGUCCACGGCCGACGAGAGAAAUCUUCCUCGAGCGCCGCAUCGAUCGAAAGAGGAACGACGGACAACAGCCUUCCCGAAAUAACUAUCGAAACAGCGUUGAUGCACCAUCCCUUUCCCUCGUUCCCUAAGAAUCUCGUUACCCUCCCAUCGCCGAUUUAACGGUUAAACGGUUAUUAUUACACGUCACCCAGGUUACGAAGCGUUUUUGUUCUAGUCGAGAUACGUGUACAUAUUGUAUAAACCUUGAAAUACCUGAUACGAAAUACUCAUCUCGUUAAGAAUUCCAGCGGCGUUCUGUUCCACGAACAGACGUAGUCGUCGCUUUGUCUAAACGCAGCGAGCGCGUCGGCCGAUCGUGCCAGCGAUCGCGACCAAUCUCUACUCUACCCUGUUCUUUUCCCUAUUUUUCCCACCUAUCCUUCAUCUCCCAUCCACCUGUCCUUAUUAAACACGCUCGUUCCACCGUGAACGCGUAGCAGCGUCUCGAUACCGAAAUCUCCCCAUUUUUCCCCACCGACCUUACCCCAACGCGACACUACCCCCGAGGACCGUCGAUCGCGCGAUCCAGCCAACCAUCGUUCUCGUUUCCACAACCACCGAUCUACCCGCGAGAGGAGACAUUCGCGACUCGUCGAUGUCUCCGCUUCGAUCCGUCGCUCUGCGAGUGACGUUAGUCGAACUGCCAAAUGGUUCCGCGACGAGAACGACGAAUUCGCUGUACCGUGUGUAAAAGCUAAUUAUACAUCGAUGGAAGAGAUACCUGUCCCGAUCGCGAUCGACGAUUCCUCGGCACACAGCGCACGGCCUGACCGCUCGCUCAUUUCUCUCUCUAACGAGCAACAUUCUCUUUUCGCCUAUAACCGUAGAAUCUAGCGAAUCUGCUCUGUCGCGUUCGCGAAAUCUGCACGGACACGCUUCCGGCGCUCGGCGUUUCGUUUUUAAGUCCUUUUCCCCGAUUUUUUAUCGGGAAGUGCACGCCGAGAGAGAACGAUUGAUCGACAAGAUGGCGACGGUGUACGCCGGACGCCAUCUCUCCACCGCUUUUACCCGCGCGCGAGUCCGCGAGGUCGCGAAGCGUCGAAACGGCCAUCGAUCGUGCAGGCGUCGCGUCUCCGGCGAGAAGGUUGGGAAAACGAAGGCGCCGAUCGCGAGACGCCGUGUCCCGACGCCGUACGCCCGGAACGGAAGCGCCGGUUCCGAUCGCGAAUCGCCGGAACGACGGCGGUCGCGUGGAUCGUUUCGAAGAUGAGAAAUUUCUAAUUAUACGACGAUCGAGUACAACCUUGUUAUCCUCCCUCAGACUUUUACCCUGUAAAAAAGCGAACUAUCGUAAGAAGUAAGAACACCUCGAGAGCUUCCCGAGCGGGCUGUGUAAUUUUGACGAAACAUUCGAGCGAUCGCGGGCCCCUUCAGCUCGCGAUUCAGCGCGAUGGAUCCCGCGCCUCCGGCUUUCGCGGCGUGUUUUUAAACUUCGAUUACUAAGCUAUCCAGCAGAUAAUCUUUGCAAGAGGCACGAGGAGAGAUCGAACUUUCCUGAGCGCGUGGCGCAAGUGACCGGAGGGGUCCGGCGCGCAGGGGGCCCGACCGGUCUUCGGGAUCGGGCACCCGCGACGCUUGCUCUGCACCUUUCUUCACGGUAUUCACCCGACCACCGUGUUGUCCCCUGCACGCCGAUCUCUCCUCCGCGAGGACAAGUCCACGAAGCUCGAGCACGCGAGAUCAUGGAACGCGCGGAGGCUCGAAGCGGAGCGGAGCGGAACGCUCGGAGACGAGAGACACGCGCGGCGGAGAAGGCGAUUUUUGGGAGA